AUGGAUAACUUGGACAGAUUUUAUCGAUAUUUUGAACGGCCACCGUUCGCUCCUGUCUAUUAUCCGACAGCGGAGGAAUUUCUGGAUCCUCUAGCUUACGUAGCAAAGAUUCGUCCAGAAGCUGAACAGUACGGCGUCGUCAAGAUUGUCCCACCUGAGAGCUUCAAACCACCUUUUGCUAUAAACAGCGAGACAUUCGAGUUUACUCCUCGUAUCCAGAAACUCAAUGAAGUUGAAGCUAUAGUAAGGGAGCGACAGGUAUUUCUCGAGAAGAUUAAUACCUUCUGGCGUUUGCAAGGCUUUGAUUUUAAAAAUUUGGUAGUGGACGGUAAAAAUGUUGAUCUCUUCAAGCUUUAUAAG